CGCAGUUCCUGUCUGGCUGCCGAGAGGCUGGACCUCUCUCCACUGUGACCCCGACAGACUCUGAGCAGUAAGGAGCUGCACGGGGCACUCCAGGAGGAUGCUUGUCGGGGCCAUGCUGCCCCGUGUGGCCCUGCCCUUCUGGCGCCUGGUCUAUACCGCAACCUCCUGCCGUCCAGCACCUGGGAGGCACCAAGGACGCUGCCUCCUGCACACGGCCCCUGCUGCCCACUCAGGAGGGACCGCCCCUGUCUUUGCCAAGGCCCUGGCCUUUGGGGACAGGAUCGCCCUCAUUGACCAGCACGGCUGCCACACCUACAGGGACCUGUACCUCCACAGCCUGCGCCUGUCCCAGGAGGUCUGCAGGCUCUGCCCCUGCAAGGACGGAGACUUGCAGGGAGAGAGGAUCUCCUUCCUGUGUUCCAACGACGUCUCCUACGUCAUCGCCCAGUGGGCCUCGUGGAUGAGUGGUGGCAUCGCGGUCCCCCUCUUUCGGAAGCACCCUGCGGCGCAGCUGGAGUACUUCAUCCAGGACUCCCGGAGCUCCGUUGUGCUGGCCGGGCCGGAGUACAUGCAGCUGGUGGGCCCAGUCGCCGAGAGGCUGGGGGUGCCGCUCCUGCCCCUUCCUCCCAUGGUCUACCACGGGGCUGUGGAGGAGCCGGCGGCGGCGGCGCCAGUGCCGGAGCACAACUGGCAAGACCGGGGUGCCAUGAUCUUCUACACCAGCGGGACCACGGGGCGGCCCAAGGGAGUGCUGAUCACCCACCGCAGCCUCAUAGCCAUGGUGACUGGGCUGGUUCACGCAUGGGCGUGGACGAGCGAUGACGUGAUCCUCCAUGUCCUUCCACUGCACCAUGUGCAUGGCGUGGUCAACAAGCUGCUGUGCCCGCUCUGGGUGGGCGCCACCUGCGUGAUGCUGCCCGAGUUCAGUGCCCAGCAGGUUUGGGAAAAGUUCCUCAGUUCUGAAACUCCACGGGUCAAUGUGUUUAUGGCAGUGCCCACCAUUUACUCCAAGUUGCUGGAUUACCACGACCAACACUUCACCCAGCCUCAUGUCCAGGAUUUCGUGCGUGCAGUUUGUGAAGAAAGAAUCAGGCUCAUGGUAUCCGGCUCAGCCGCCCUGCCUGCCCCCCUGCUGGAGAGGUGGAAGAGCGCCACAGGCCACACGCUGCUGGAGCGCUACGGCAUGACCGAGAUCGGCAUGGCCCUGUCCAGCCCCCUGGCUGGGCCUCGUCUGCCAGGUUCUGUGGGGACCCCACUGCCCAAAGUGGAGGUUCGCAUCAUCUCAGAGAGCCCACAGAGGGACGGCUACCCAUACACCGUGCAUGCUGAGGGGGACAUGCAGGGGACAAAGGUGACCCCAGGACUCGAGGAAAAGGAAGGGGAGCUGCUGGUCAGGGGACCCUCAGUAUUUCGAGAGUACUGGGAUAAUCCAGAAGAAACAAAGAGUGCCUUCACCUCCGAUGGCUGGUUCAGGACAGGGGACACUGCAGUGUUCAAGGACGGCAGUUACUGGAUCCGAGGCCGGACGUCUGUGGACAUCAUCAAGACCGGAGGGUACAAGGUCAGCGCGCUGGAGGUGGAGCGCCACCUGCUGGCCCACCCUGGCAUCGCAGAUGUGGCUGUGAUUGGCGUUCCAGACCUGACGUGGGGCCAGCGGGUCAUAGCAGUGGUCGUUGUGAAAGCCGGACACUCACUGUGCUACAGCGAUCUCAAGGACUGGGCCAGGCGCUUCCUGGCCCCCUAUGCGGUGCCCUCAGACCUCCUGCUGGUGGAGGAGAUCCCGCGGAACCAGAUGGGCAAGAUCAACAAGAAGGACCUGGUCAGGCAGUUCUACCCUGAGUGACAUCCAGUACCAGCGCCUGCUGUGGGCCUUGGCCCACACCCUCCAGAGAGAACCUGGAUCAGGCAAACCAGAAUCAAGAUGGUGUGGGAUGAAAUCACUGCGUGACACUUCCCCAGGCCUGGGCUUCCACUGCAGCUCACAGUGGCCCCAGCUGCUCAUCAAAUCCACUGCGGCCAACACCUCCCCUGGCCAGAGCUGCUGGGCUCUCUCCAGGGCAGGUCCCGAGGAGCCUGCAGUGUCCUCAGAGAAGGGCACUGGAAUCCACGUGCUGGCCCUGCCGUCUGCUCGCCAAGAACCUCCAAGCCAUGAGACUGGGCCCCAUGGAUGCUGUGCGCAGGGGGCCCUGUGGGGUUGGCCCACACUAGCCAGCCCCUGUACCCAGAGGCUCCCCACAGUUCGGGGCACUCCUACCCUGGGCACAGCCAUCACUCUUUGUGUGACUGUGCCCGCUCUGGGCCCCGCGGGGAGCUUGAGGUUCUACAUGGCCUGCUGCCGCUCUCUCUGCACAGACCCUGGCCCGCCACCCCUGCCCCUGUGCAGGACCUGCUGGGUCUCAUGUCGCCUCCCCGACCCACUCUCGUCGGUGUCGUCUGGCUCCCAACCCUCUGCUCCCCAAAGCCUACACAAGGAGCCCGUGCAGGGCUGCAGUGGCCACUUCUGCACGCUGGCUCACACCUGCUCCGGUGCAAGGUCCCCAGCCCAUCCGGCCAAGUCCUCAGGGCAGUGGUGGGUCCCUGCCCACCCAGCUCUUGCUGGAGCCUGAGACACCAGCAGUGGCCCCACAGCUGGCCCAAGGUCCACUCCUCCCACAGGUGUUCCCCACCGGGAGGCACUUGGGUCAGCCUGGGGUGGGUUCUCUUGUU